AUGCGUCCUGCUUUGAAAGCGAAGUUGCUCAAACCAGAGUACAUCACUCAACGGAUUCCACUCGGCUUCCGUAAAUCUUUGGAUGCCACUAUGCAACAUAUCCCACUUUGUGCCGGCUGCAAUCAACACAUCGUGGACAGAUUUAUUCUGAAGGUUCUGGACCGUCACUGGCAUGGAAAAUGUUUGAAAUGCAGCGACUGUCAGAAGCAACUGACCGAAAAAUGCUUCAGCCGAGGGGACAGCGUCUACUGCAAAGAGGAUUUCUUUAAGCGAUUCGGAACGAAAUGCGCCGCUUGUCAGCAGGGGAUCCCCCCCACCCAAGUGGUCCGGAGGGCUCAGGACUUUGUCUAUCACCUGCAGUGUUUCGCCUGCAUCGUGUGCAAGCGGCAACUGGCUACGGGCGAUGAGUUUUACCUCAUGGAGGACAGUAGACUGGUGUGUAAGGGAGACUACGAGGCAGCCAAGCAACGAGAAGCAGAAACCAAUGCCAAGAGGCCGCGGACCACGAUCACUGCCAAACAGCUGGAGACACUGAAGAACGCCUACAAUAACUCGCCCAAACCAGCUCGCCACGUGCGCGAGCAGCUUUCAUCCGAGACCGGGCUGGACAUGCGAGUGGUCCAGGUUUGGUUUCAGAACCGAAGAGCAAAGGAGAAACGAUUGAAGAAAGAUGCUGGCAGGCAGAGAUGGGGUCAGUAUUUCAGGAACAUCAAAAGAUCCAGAGCAAGCUCCAAAUCAGAUAAAGACAGUGCGCAAGAUGAUGGGGUGGCCAGCGAUGCAGAAGUGUCCUUCAUAGAUGAGCAUUCGAUGUCGGACAUGGGGCAUCCGAAUGGGAUGUACAGCAGCAUGAACGACGCCUCUCCAGGUCUGGGCAGACAGACUGGGAGCAACGGAGGUUUCACCAUAGACGGGGCACUGCCGCAGGACCAAUAUCACGACCUGAGAUCGAACAGUCCUUAUGGGAUCCCCCAGUCGCCCGCGUCACUACAAACCAUUCCUUCCCACCAGCCUCUUAUUUCAGGACUCGUGUACCAGGACGCUGGUUUAGGCCUUAUUGCUCAAGGAGGAGGAGGAGGAGGAGGAGGACAAGGUAUGAGCCAGGCCAUGCAUGUUUUAGGAGCAAACGGACCAAGUUCGGAUCUCUCAACAGACAGCAGCGGAGGGUAUCCCGAUUUCCCGGCUAGUCCGGCAUCCUGGCUGGACGAAGUGGAGCACGCACAGUUUUAA